AUGCCCGAAACAUCGACAGUUGAGAAGCUCAAAUGGGCCGAUCAUCCAUACAUUCACGCCCUGUCAGGCCUGAGGUUUCCAAAGAACGACAAGUGGAAAGGCCUAUUCCGUGGACGCAGCCUGGAGUUAUUCGGAAUUUUCUUCGAUGAUUCUGCUCUCGACACCCAGGGGGGCGUUGAAUUAAAGAUGAUGUAUUACUUCAACGUCGUUAAUCAGGAGCUGGGCAGGCUCUCAAAGGGGGUCUUCGUCGCUGAUUUCGCUUCCGAUGUUGAUCAGUCACUAAUCGCGCACUCGCUCUACUCCAACAUCGGGCGAGUUUAUGAGAGCUAUCCCGUGGUUGACAGACUCCAUUUCGCCUUUGGAAUCGUGAAUACACUCGUCCUUGCUCGGAAUGCCUUCGUGGAAAGGAUGGGGAGUGGCCCAGCGCCCGCAUAUGGAGGCCUCGGACAGGUUGUGGACAUUACAAGCUUGCUUUCACGAGAUCGUCCUAAUAUGCUCGUUGACGGAUCUAAUUACGGAUUCUUGCUUGACGAAAUGAACGCAGAGUCCCCCGCCAGCGAGGCAUCCUCAGACGACAUCUUUACUCCAUCAACCUCGGAAUCGGCCGAUGUUGCAGAGAUAGGAGAGCCUGUACAAGGACCCAUCCCAGCCUGCUCAAUCCAGCCUGUCGUCCCGCAGAGCAGACAGGCGCUUCAUCCCCUUCUGGUGCAGGGAUUGACGUACAGAUACCCCAGAGACUCCACCAUUCCUCUGACGCCGGUCAUCAAAGAAGACGAACUAGACUGCGCUGAAGCAAAGGAGGAUGUUCUGGGCAAAUAUAAGGUAAGAUGCAACGUCAUGUCGAGCAGGAUUGAGCGCCUCGAAAAGGAAAACCGUCAACUACAGACCCGCUUUAUCACCGAACAAACACUGAAGACACGCACGAGAUUGUCCCUUCAGGCCAAGGAGAAGGAUCUCUGCAUGGUCCAGGAAGCCUUUUGGAAGCUUUGGGAAGCCCACCGUCGCCAGUUGAACAGUGGUUUGGAGGCCAACGGUAUGGAGGGCCUCUCUUGGGGUGCAAAUGAUGCAGGGAUUUAUCUUUGCAGCUUGGAUCUCGGAAAGGACUCUUGA